AAGGAGCAAUGGGUAGUACUGAAACAACAACAAAAGAUAAGAUCCUUAUAUUUGGAGGAACUGGAUACAUAGGCAAGUAUGUGGUGAAGGCAAGCGUUUCUUUAGGCCAUAAAACAUAUGUUUAUGCUCGUCCAAUCUCAGAGAAAACCAGUCUCUCCAAGCUACAACUACACAAGGAGUUUCAGUCCCUCGGUGUCAUCAUUGUCCAAGGAGAGCUAGAUGAACAUGAGAAACUUGUAACUGUAAUUAGGGAAGUGGACGUGGUGAUAUCUGCACUAGCUUAUCCUCAAGUUCUUGACCAAUUCAAGAUCAUAGAUGCUAUCAAAGUUGCUGGUAAUAUAAAGAGGUUUCUUCCAUCAGAUUUUGGAUGUGAAGAGGACAGGGUGAGACCUCUACCUCCAUUUGACAAUUUUCUAGAGAAAAAGAGAAGAAUCAGAAGAGCAAUUGAAGCAGCUGGAAUUCCUUACACCUUCGUUUCAGCUAAUUGCUUUGGCGCUUACUUUGUUAAUUUCUUGCUUCGCCCAUAUGACCAACCAGAGCUUAUACUUGUCUACGGAAGUGGUGAAGCAAAAGCUGUGUUAAAUUAUGAAGAAGAUAUAGCCAUAUGCACAAUCAAAGUGGCAAAUGAUCCUAAAACGUGCAAUCAAGUUGUGAUUUAUCGUCCUCAAACAAAUGUCAUAUCACAGCUUGAAUUGAUCUCACUUUGGGAGCAAAAGACUGGCCGUACUUUCAAAAGGGUUCAUAUUGCAGAGGAAGAUUUAGUGAAACAAGCUGAGACCCUACCACAUCCAGAAAAUAUACCAAUAUCCAUUCUGCACUGCAUAUUUGUAAAAGGUGAAACGAUGAGCUUUAGACUUAAUGAGAAUGACGUUGACGCUUCUAAGUUAUAUUCAGAUUUUCAGUUCUCCACAAUUGAUCAACUUCUUGACAUAUUUUUGUUUGAUCCUCCGAGGCCUGCAAUUGCUGCGUUUGAAGUCUUACAUAUUUAUUUCCAUUUCUUUCUUUUCGAAUAA